AAAACACAUGACCAUCUAUUUGACGUUGGGAAAAUCAAAUAUUUAUCGGCUAGCCUAACGUGUAUCUAAUUUGGCGCUUACUUUAAUUCCACGUUCGUCUCUUCUGGUCUACUGUUCCCCUACUCAGUAGUUUCGGCUAAAUUGCUAAGGUUCAGUUGAGUUGACAUUAGACCGCCAGGACAGAGAAGCAGGAAGUUGGAUCUAGGGAAUCAAACAGACAUAGGAAUUCUUUAUGAAUGGUGUUGAGGCUUGUCCAGAUAGGUUUACUAUGAUGACGUUGCAACUUUGUGUCACAUUAUUUGGGCUUCUUGUGUUGGGUUUGGCAGACGAUGUUAAGCUAAAACCGAAACCAGCCACUAAACCUGUCCGGUUGUUCACGGAUGACGACUUAAAAAAAUACGAUGGGAGUGAGGAGGGCCAGCCCAUUUACAUGGCCAUAAAAGGAGUGGUGUUUGAUGUUACCAUGGGAAAAGAGUUCUAUGGAAAAGGCGCUCCAUACAAUGUCUUGGUUGGAAAGGACAGUACCAGAGCUGUGGCCAAAAUGUCCUUGGACCCUGCUGACUUGACGUCUGACAUUACGGGCCUGUCUGAGGAACAGAUCCAGUCCCUGGAGGGUGUAUUCGAGGGCACUUACAAGAAGAAGUACCCGAUUGUCGGCUACACCACCAUGCGUAUACUCAAUCAGGAUGGGAGCCCCAAUGAUGACUUCAAACCCGAGGACCAACCUCACUUUGACACUAAAGACGAGUUCUAAUCCAAAGUCUUUUGCAGUUUUUUGUUUGUUUCUUCACUGGGAAACGUUUUGGUUAAUGUGCUAUAUUUAUUCAAGACAGUGUAAUCCCUGUAAAAUAUUUGAUUUAAUGUUUACUACAAUAAAGACAAUGUCAGAAAAUUUC